GCACAUACAGCCUGUGAGCUCUUGAAAUAACAUUUCACUCAAGCAAGGAACUCUUGCACCAACAGCUGCAAUGAGACGGCAACACUUCAGUAUUUUAAUAACCAAAAGUCAGCUGCAGAUGCUUGCUCUGAUUCUUACAGUGACAUCCACUGUUGUGAUAAGCCAAACUACAUUUGAGAUAACUUGCUUUUUAAUCAAAGAACACAACAAUGCUUCGAGAAAUUGGGAUUCUUCACCUACUCUCAAGCAGAUGCAAGAUAAUAUUGAAGACCUCCAGUGUUCCUUGAAUACUCAAAACACUGAGAAUGCCUACAAAACAACAGUAGAUGUUGGUGUGCUUGAAAAUGUCAGGUUAAAAGCAGUAUUAAAUAUUUCAGAGAUCAUCGUCUGUCACUGGGUUUUUAAAGAGAUCCAGACCAAAUGUAAUUCCUCUCUGGAUUUGGAGAACCGGCAUAUCAUUUCAGUGGAGUUCCCAAGAAUCAAAGAAACCCAAGAGGGAAAUCACACACUGUUAAUUACAACUAAAACCAAUAACUACACUAUAGUAUUUAUGUUGUAUAUAAGGAGAAGCCCAGAAAAGCCAUAUUUUAUAAAACAUGGAGAUGAAAGUGUGAGAUGCAUAUCAGAAGGACAUCCUACACCAGUUCUUAAAUGGUUCCCUUGCCAGGUUCCUGAUGACAAGUGCAAAUUUGUUUUUGAUGACCUGAUGGAAAUGCAGAAAGCACAACUGUUCUUAAGAAAAGACAACUUGUCAUUUGAACCACAUGUAUCGUGCUGUGCAACUAAUAACGUGAGCAAAGUAUGCACAGAGCUUUAUACAAUAGAUCUGAAUAGAAAAUCAGAAAGCCCUGUGCAGGAACUAUUUCUCAGAGUUCGAGAUCCACUGAUCUUAAGAUGCAGAUCCAAGUAUAACACUUCUCAGUUUGGAAAUAAAUGGCAUUUUGGAAACAAGCAAUUAGAAAAGACUAUGACGCUAGAAGGAAGAUGGAAAAUGGGUUCAACUUGGGUUAAGACUCUGUAUGCAUUUAUGUCAUCCGUGGAACACCAUAAUGAUGGUAAUUAUACUUGUUCUUCUGAAGAAAUUGCUGCCAAGAAAACGGCUGUAGUUAGAAUUUUAGACAAAGGGUUUAUCAAUAUAACCAAUGCAAAGGAAGAUUUUGAAGUUGGCACAGAAGGAAAUACUUGCCUUGAAGUUAAACUUAAAGCCUAUCCACCAAUUCGAUGCAUUUGGAUAUUUUCCCAAAUGUCAUUUCCAUGUCAGCAAACUUACACAGACACUUACAGCAUCUCUGCAAGCCUCUGUGAUCAUAAAAACCAAUCUGGCGAAUAUUUGUUCUACGCAGAAAAUAGUGAUGCGUUUGUAAAGAGGACAUUAAGACUCUAUGUGAAGAGCAAGCCUAAAGUAAAAAUGAGCUCAACAUUUAAUCAGUUAUCUUGCAUUGCUGAAAGCAAUCCUGCUUCAUUGUGGAUCUGGAAGGAAUGUUACAGAAAACGUAUCAAUUGUACUGAAAUCACAGGUGGAAUUUCAAAUGGAAGACGUCAAGGAACAGUAUUUGGAUCCUGGAUCUCAAGCAGCACUUUAGAUACAACGAACAUACAAACUGGACGUUUAGUUGAAUGCUGUGCAAACAAUUCAGUUGGCUAUUCUUGUGAAUCUUAUUUUGUUGAAUCAAAAGGUAAUUUUUCGCUAUAUGCAACAUUUGGAGUCUGCUUUCCAAUUAUCGCUGCGUUGUGCAUAUUAACUUACCGAAACUAUAAAAAGCAAUUUAGAUAUGAAAGACAACUGCAUAUGAUACAAAUGGUUGGUUCUUCCAACAAUGAAUACAUCUCCAUUAAUUUCAGUGAGUUGGAGUAUGAUGUCCAGUGGGAGUUUCCUAGAGAAAACCUGAAAUUUGGGCAAGAACUGGGCUCUGGUGCCUUUGGGAAAGUCAUGAAUGCUACUGCAUAUGGAAUUAGUGAAGCUGGAGCAUCCAUCCAAGUUGCGGUCAAAAUGCUUAAAGAAAAAUAUGACUCUUUGGAAAAGGAUGCUCUAAUGUCUGAACUCAAAAUGAUGAUUCAUAUUGGAAGUCAUGAAAACAUUGUGAACCUGCUAGGAGCAUGCACCAAGUCAAGACCAGUUUACUUAAUUUUUGAAUAUUGUUGCUAUGGGGACCUCCUGAACUACUUACGAAGCAAAAGAGACACCUUUCACAAAACAUGGACUGAAGUCUUCAGUCAGCACAAUUUUAGUUUUUAUCACAAUUUUCGAGGACCGAUCAUUUCAAGAAAUAGAAUCGUACUGACAAAUGGAUCUUACCUACCAGUUGGUCAAAUGGAUCACUCACACGCAAAACAAGACUUAGAUGUGAUCUCUAACACAUAUGGAAAUGCCCGGAUUUCGGAGGAAGAUGAAAUGAAAUAUGUGAACAAGAGACUAGAUGUUGAAGAAAGCCUCAAUAUAUUGACUUUUGAAGACCUUCUCUACUUCUCAUAUCAAGUUGCCAGAGGAAUGGAGUUUCUAGAAUCAAAAUCAUGUGUCCACAGAGAUCUUGCAGCCAGGAAUAUACUAGUCACCUAUGGGAAAGUGGCCAAAAUAUGUGACUUUGGACUUGCCAGGGAUAUAAUGAAUGAUUCAAACUAUGUUGUCAGAGGAAAUGCUCGUUUACCUGUCAAAUGGAUGUCCCCUGAAAGUUUAUUUGAAGGGAUAUACACAAUUAAAAGUGAUGUCUGGUCUUAUGGAAUCUUACUCUGGGAAAUAUUCUCUCUUGGUGUCAAUCCUUAUCCUGGAAUGCAAGUUAAUGAGAAAUUCUACAAGCUUAUUCAAAAUGGAUUUAAGAUGGACCGUCCAUUUUAUGCUACAGAAGACAUAUACUUAUUACUGUGUUCCUGCUGGGCUUUGGACUCCAGAAAAAGACCAUCCUUUUCGCAGCUGGUUUCCCUUCUGGCAUGCCAGCUGGCUGAGGCAGAAGGAGCAGCAUGCCAGACAGAUCAUACUGAUACCUCUAAGCAUACUUCCAGUUCCAAGUGCAAUCCACAUGUGAGGAGAGAAGCUGAGCCGACUAUUCCUCUGUUGGAUGAAGAUAUUGCAAGGGACAAAUAAAGCAGGCUUUUUUUUUUUCUUUACAAACUAAGCCAUAUAAGCUGAAGGAAAUCAAGAGAGAUUACUUUGCCUUCCUUAAAGGGUCUAAUUUGCUGCUAUUGCCACUGAAUUUUUUCUUAUCAGUUCUAUCCAGUUUGCUUCUCAGCUGAAAUUUGGUACGGGUCUCCUUCAAUUUCAUUAACCGGAUGGAAGAUCUCUUUUAUACAAGCCUCAUUUUAAAACAUGGUUGACUCACAGGUUGUUGUUGAAUUUGUUUCGAAAUUAUAUGCAUCUCUAAAGUCAAGGUCUACUACAUUCCAGAUCUUUGUAUUUCAAGCAGAUGCAAACGGUGAAAAUGUAUCCAUAUAUUUUGUAAUUGAAGUUCCCAAACAUGAAUGUAUCGCAGCCUGAGCUCAACUCACACAAUUCAGCUAACUGCACUUAUGUUAUAUCCUCACCAAAUAUAUAACCAAAGGGUUAUAUCAGCUAUCAGGACAAGCUUACGGAUAUGGAUAUUUAUGGAAAUAGUGAAUUUGGGUAGAUUAUCCCUGAAUGUCCCUCAAACCACAGGCUUUUUAAUACUGUUUCACAGUGACGUUAAAGAUAAAAAAAGGUUUCGUCGGGCAUGAAAUACUAGAAUUCUUUAUAUAUUGUUACUGAGAUUGAUAAAAUCCAGAAAAACAAUAUUUGGGGCAGAAAUGCAAGAAAAUUUCAAAUGAAAUUGGAAAAGGAGCAUCCAAAUUUAGCGAGGUAAAAUGUUUUCAGAAUUUUAACUGCAGGCACUAUUACAAAAUACAACAGCUGCUAUAUGUUAGAUGUGGCCCAUCACAAAGCAUGCUAUUGAAAGCAACCUAAUUAGGGUGCUUCUUGCCAUCCUUUCCAAGACCUCCUACAUACUUCCCACCACCUAUCCUUCUUUCUUCAGUCAACCACCAUUUUUAUUUUCUAGAAAUGUAAGCUCAUAUCAAACCCAAAAAUUUAAUUACAAAUUAUACAAAUGGUGAAAGAUGGGGCCUUGUUUUUGACAUGCCAGUUGCAAAUCAGGGGAAAUAGGCAGGCUGGUAGAAAUUUAGGUUUAGAGCAUCAAAAUAAUUUUAUAAAAGAUAUAAUUACUUGACCACAUUAACAAAAAACAGGGGGAGAUUUUCUUCAAAAGCAGCAAGAAAAGGAAAUGCUUUAUAUAUUCUGGUGUUCUAAAAUAAAUACCUAGUGAGCCAGCAACAGAUAAUCAGGGACAUCCUAGACAAACAAGGAACAGGCAUUUAAUGACUCAGAACCCUGGGGGAAUAAUCAAAUACUAAAAUAUUUGCUGGCUACUAAAAUCAAUUUGUUCUCCACAAUUGACUUCAGCAUUAAGGACUGUAUUAAAUGAUUGUUUGAAUAUUCAGUAUAAUUUGAUAGCAGUUUAUGCUUAUACUUGAUAAAUCAAUGUAUAGCAAUAUUUAACAGAAAGUGCAACUGAAUUAUUGUAGUACUGAAUUAUCUCUUACAGUUGGCAUGCAGUUGAUUUCAAUGUGUGCUUUUAUAUACCUUUUACGUCUGCCAAAAUCAAAAGAUGCCAUCAUCCUUAAAUUUUUUAUGGCAAUGUAAUGUCAAUUCUAGGUUUCAGUCUUCACCUUUGAAAAUGGUUUGGGGAUUAAGGCAAAUUUAUAAGGUAUUUUUUUAAAGUUUACUUUCAUUACAAUAAACAUUGGGGCUGGAACAUAAAUCAAAGGAUAUGAGUCUUCUUUUUGAUGAGAGAAUGACAGGUUACUGUUGGAAACUCUGGCAUAUCUACAGAACAGGAAACUGAUUGUAUGUAUGCUUUCCAGCUUCAGUGUAAUAGCAAUAGCACUAGCACUUAGACUU